UCAUCAUCAUGCUCAUAACUUUCCACUCGCUUUUCUAAUUCUCUUUCUCUCUCUCUCUCUCUCUCUCUCUCUCAUCCAUUUUCUGUUUUCCAAAUCCAUGAUUGCCUCUCGCCGGAACCUCCUCUCUCCGUCGUCACUUCUCCAGCUCCGGUGACCGUACCACCACCUUCCUCCGUCCAUAUCUGCCAUGGGAAGCCUCAACAACAGCGUAGACACCGUGAACGCCGCCGCAACCGCCAUCGUCACCGCAGAAUCCAGAGUCCAACCAACUACCAUACCGAAAAAACGUUGGGGAAGCUGGUGGAGCCUGUAUUGGUGUUUUGGAUCUACUCAUAAAAGCAACAAGCGGAUUGGUCAUGCUGUCCUUGUUCCUGAACCUGUUGCACCAGCAGGUCCAGCUGCUACUGUGCCGCCAAAUCCUUCAACCACCAUUGUAAUGCCAUUCAUUGUCCCUCCAUCUUCUCCUGCAUCUUUUCUCCAAUCUGAUCCACCUUCCGCUACUCAUUCGCCGGCUGGAUUACUCUCUCUCACAGUCAAUUCUUACUCAUCUGGUGGACCUGCAUCCAUUUUUACCAUAGGUCCUUAUGCCUACGAGACACAAUUAGUUUCACCCCCUGUAUUUUCAAAUUUUACAACCGAACCGUCAACUGCUCCUUUUACUCCCCCACCUGAAUCAGUGCAGAUGACAACACCAUCAUCUCCUGAGGUUCCAUUUGCUCAGUUGUUAGCGUCGUCACUCGACCGGGCUCGUAAAAAUAAUGGGAUUCAAAAGUUUGCAUUACACAAUUAUGAAUUUCAGCCUUAUCAACAACAUCCUGGGAGCCCAGGUGGCCAACUCAUAUCACCUGGAUCAGCAAUUUCAACUUCCGGAACCUGUACUCCUUACCCCGAGAAACGCCCAACUCUUGAGUUCUACAAGGGAGAAUCACCAAGGAUAUUGGGCUUUGAACACUUCUCUUCUCGAAAAUGGAGUUCAAGGGUGGGUUCUGGAUCCUUGACACCAGAUGGUACAGGGCAAGGUUCAAGAUUAGGUUCGGGAUCUUUGACACCUGAUGGUGCGGGUCUGGCCUCAAGACUUGGAUCUGGAUGUGCAACACCUGAUGGUUUGGGGCAGGAUUCAAGGUUGGGUUCUGGCUCUUUGACCCCUGAUAGUGCUGGACCAACCACUAAAUGCAGCAUCUAUGUGCAAAACCAGACUUCCGAGGUAGCAUCCCUUGCAAACUCAGAGAAUGUACAUCAAAGUAAUGCACCAUUAGUCGAUCACAGAGUCUCAUUCGAACUAACCGGGGAAGAAAUCGCAAGAUGCCUUGCCAAUAAAACAGGUGGAUUGCUUCGAAACGUGUCUCAGUCUUCACAGGGUAUACUAGCCAAAGAAACCAUUGACAGAGAAAGCAUACAAAAAGACAGCAUUAGUUGUUGUGAUGUGUGUUCAGGGAAAACGAACUAUAACCCCAACAGUCCUCUAGGAGAAGAACGGCAGUGCUGUCAGAAGCAUCAAUCCGUUAAUUCUUCCAAAGAAUUCAAUUUUGACAACAGGAAAGGUGAUGUUUCUGCUAAUGCUGCCAAGGAAGGUAGAUCAGCCAACAGCUGGGCUUUCUUCCCACUGUUACAACCAGAAAUCUGAGGACUUAGUUAAUUGCAGCAUGACUUGACAUGCAUGAUUCAAGACAAAAGGGAUUUUUAAUAUCUAUGCAGGACUUAGUUCGCUGAAUCCAUAUCUGAGGACUUCGUUUCACAAUGCAGUUGGUUCAACCUUUGAGGAAAUGGUGAUAAUUGGAUGGGUGAGUGAGACACAGAAGAGGGAAAACCAAAAAAGAAAAACAAAACUAAAGUUGGUAUUAUUGUCCUUUAAGACCCAAGGGGAGCAUAGUUGGUAGGUAGGGACCUAGUAGAAAGAAUUCUAAAUUCUCAUAGAUCAUUGGUUAUGGACAUUUCCUCGUUUCAAGCAUACAGAAAUAGCAAAAUACAGGUACUUCAUGUUGUGAAUUCUUGUAUCAUUCCACGUGCAAUAAUGAAAUAGGUAACUUUUUUGUUGGCACUUGGAUCAUGGAUAUAACCUGCAUAUUUCUUUCGAAUUUCUACUUUGAUGCCUGCAUCCUUUUCGUGCAUUGGUGGUGGGGGCACUUUUCUAGGUUCUAGUAAGUGGGUUCCCCAUGCAUCUCUGUUUUCUUCACAUGUUAACUUGUUACAUGGAUCUGUAAUUAUGUACUUAUGUACCAUUUAAAUCAAGACUUGUGUGAUUUGAAGUUUGAACAUAAUAUUUGUGGGAACACUCUGCUAAUAUACCUUCAUCGACCAUUAGAUGAAAUGUGAAACAUUGGUAUGUCGGCACAGUGUCCCAGAAUGUUACAUACUAAUAACAUUAUAGCACAAUCUGGUACAAUCUGCCACUAACCGUAACAUGGCCCCUAAUGUAUGAAUGUGUUACUGAAAGACUGCAAUGAAGUUGUGCUGUAGCUUGGUGGGUUCAAUUCAAUUCGUUAUCUCAUUUCAUUUCAAUUACAAAAUACAAGGAGAAAAAAAGGUGACAUUAUCCGGUGAGAGUCAGAGUAAUCAUGGUGGGACCUAUAAAAUAGUUGUAUGCAGUGCACUAAUUAGUUGGGUUUGUCUGAGUUGUUUGGUUUGGCUUGUUGUCCUUCAGAGUCUCCCAAUGGACAAAAUGUUUCGCUUUCAUUGCAUGGACUUUAAUGAUAGGUGGGUGCCAGUUUCAUUCACCCACCUGCACGAUUAAACUUUUCCUUUGACCCUGUCUCUCUACAUUGCAAAAUGCUUUUGGUAAAAUAGAAGAUAGUGUACAACACAGAAUAAAUGAGGUUUUGUGGUAACAUAAAUUAACAGGCAAUGUUAUGGCUUAUGAUUAAGAAA